GGGCGGGCUUCAGGCCGCAUCACGGGCAGCGGGGCUCUUUCAGCGUUUCCUUUGGGCGGGUUUACAUUUUCCCCGGGGCGGGCUCAGGCGCGAAUGCUUUCACGACAGCGGCCGUUGGGGUUCGAACAGGGGGAAGCUUUAAAUCGCAAACCGUCACCGCUGCUUGGCGCACGUGCACGGGUGAAUAAACAAAGGAGAAAUGAAUGCUAUCUGCAGCCUAAAGAUAGCUGGUAGGAACUGCAUUUUAUUUCGCUUAACUUCUUUGGCCAGUCAUCAGGCAAAGUGCAAUAAUCUUUAUAGGUCUUCAGUUGAAGCUUUGAAUGGACAUCGCCAGAUUCAAAUAAGUCACAUAGUGGAUAAAUGCAAGCGACUAGAUAUAAGUAGCAACACCAGCUAUUGUUUUAUGAUUGGAAGCUCUAACUUCUACAGAAAAUGUAUUAAUAAAAGCCAAAGAUGUUUUUUGAAUGCCAAGAAUAUAGAAGUGUGCACAAACAUACUCAGUAGCUGUAGAAGUCCUUGUUUCCUAACUUCUCAGCCAUCAGAGGAAGAGCUUGCAUUAUUUCAAAGUCUUGAUCCAGUUCAGUCCCUGAAUCGUGUUCCUGCUUGGGAUGUUCAAAUGAUCAGGCUUUUUCACACAUCAUCAUCAUUUCAGGCUGCUCCAGUGCCUCUAUUGUGGAUUAUUCUUAAACCGGCUCAGAAGCUAUUUGCUAUCAUUCUUGGAAGGAGCAUCAGAAAAUGGUGGAAGGCACUGCCUCCUAACAAACGGGAACUUUUUAAAGGAAGUGCAAGAAAAAACAAAUGGAAGAUAGUUGUGGGUCUGUGUAGCUUGGUGGUUUUAUUUUUUAUGUUUUAUUUUACUCACUUGGAGGACACACCAAUCACUGGGCGUGCUCGACUGUUGGUAUUUCGGAAGGAACAUUUUAGGGAAUUGUCCCAGAUGGAGUAUGAUAUGACCUCAACAAAUUGUCUCUUUCAGUGGAUGGAAAAGUUUAAAAAUGAGAUGUUAUCUGAGACAGACCCUCGCUAUCAGGUGGUGAAAAAAGUUAUUGGUCAUCUAUCUGAAAGCAACCAGGACAUCCCGCAGGUCUCGGAGUUCAAGUGGGUUAUCCAUGUGGUGGAAGAACCCGGCAUAAAUGCUUUUGUACUUCCAAAUGGACAAGUAUUUGUUUUCACUGGUUUGCUAAAUGCGGUGUCAGAUAUUCACCAGCUCUCUUUCAUUUUGGGCCAUGAAAUAGCUCAUGCUGUAUUGGGACAUGCAGCAGAGAAAGCCAGUCUGGUACAUUUCUUGGAUUUCCUGUCGCUUAUCUUGCUCACUAUGAUUUGGGCAGUCUGUCCUCGAGAUAGUUUGGCAGUUGUAGGCCAGUGGAUCCAGACCAAGUUGCAGGAGUUUUUAUUUGAUAGGCCAUAUAACAGGACAUUGGAGGCUGAAGCUGACAAAGUUGGACUUCAGUUUGCUGCAAAGGCUUGUGUGGAUGUAAGAGCAAGCACUGUGUUUUGGCAGCAGAUGGAAUUAGUAGAGACCAUUCAAGGGCAGCGUAAAUUACCAGAAUGGCUCUCCACACACCCUUCUCAUGAAAACAGAGCUGAACACUUGGACCGGCUUAUACCAGAGCAUUGCCGCACUACAGGUGUCCAUAUGAUAUGCUCAGUAUUGUUCAUACAUCAAGCAAUGGAAAACAAGAUACACUACUGGGAAAGUGCGCUUAAAAUAAGAGAGAGCUGCAAUUGCCCCUCUCUUCCUGGACCAGACCCUCGCCUCAUUUUCAAACUUAACAUGCAGCAUCUUCUGGAAGCAUCUAAGGAUAAAGAAGGCCAGAAUGCUACUGAGCAUGAUCUUGCACAGCCAAAAGUGGACUUUCCUUCUGCUCAAAAGGAGGAAAAGAUUCCAAUAACUUUUGCAGUUAAAAAGGAACCGACAAGCUGAAGGGAAAAACGUCCAUCUGAAAAACUUUACAAACGGUUCACUGAACAGAUUUUUUUCCUGCAAGACUUUUGAUCCUUUUGGAAUGAUAAAAUGGACAGACAACUAGAAAUCACUUCCAUGGUGCCGAAAAUCAAUUGAGGGAAUCUUAUUUCUCUGUAUCACAACGUAGAUCAAGCCACCAGUAUUCUGUGUUCCCAAACUUGUGGUGAUCUCCCACUCAGCGCAAUGAGGAACUCUCCCCAAAUACAGAGAGCAGUGUAUUGGAGUUGAGACUUUUAUUCAAGAAGGGAUGCUAAACAUAAAUCACUUCAGUUGUGAGGCAAAAAUCUCUGUACAAUCCAUUUGCACAAAUAGGAAAGAAGCAAUAAAAUGGCCUAAUUGGAUGGCUUUCUGCUGGGAUUUUUCUCAUUUAAUAUCUUUUAAAGGCACUUUAGAAUACAGGUUGUUUCACCAUUUCACUUCAAAGCAAUCCAGAAGGGUUGUGCAGAAUUGUAUUGAAAAGUGAAGUCAGAAAACAUACAAGGGAAUCUUUUUCCUUUUAAAAAUCAGUAAGAACUGUCACUUGUAACACUGGGCUAUUUUGCAAGUGAUUGCUUAAACUGGUGUCUCUUUAAACAAUCAAGAUGCUUCUUCAUAGGCCAGAUUCGCUUCAGAGGCAGCUGGUCUGGACAGAUCAGCGCUUGAAUAUUGGUGAUUGGCACUCAAUAAAUUAGGGUGGUCAAAUCCUAUGAAACUUCUAAGCUGUACAGAGGAUGCACCUUUGAAAGUUUAUUUCUCCUUAGGACACUGCUAUCUAAUGCUAUUUUAGAAGUCUGUCUCUCAAGUCUGUCCCUCGUACUGGGGAGAUGAUUAUUUGGAGUUGCUGGGGGAAGAGUGGAUGAUGAGUGCAGUUCCCAGUGCAAGGCCUUGUUUGGAGUUGAUCAGGUAAAGAAGGAAACUUGAAGGAGAUGCCUCCAAAAUGAAAGUUGGGAAAAUAUGAGGCUAUGCCUCUGCCCCAUUGUACAGUGAGCUUCUCAGAUUGAAGAGAGGGAUGUGACCUCCUCCCCUCAUUGGCUCACCUACUUGGGCGUCCCUAAUGCCAAACUUGAUUUGAGGAGCCCCUCAUCAGGGUUUAUAUAGGUGGAAGGCAGAAGAUUUCUCUGUUGCUUCAACUCAUGUAAGUUUGGGGAGCCAAUCUUCCUUCGUUUCCUUGCCAGCGUGGGAGUUAAACUAGCGGGCUGUGCAGCCUCAUUUGAUGAGGUUGGGGAAAAAGUCCAGAACCAGAUAGAGCGUUGUAAUGUGAAGCUAAGAAUCCCCUCCCCAAGAAGCUCCCUGCUACAAAUUUAUUUUAUUCUUUUUCUUUUCAUGAUGGACUGACCUUUCCUCCCUUUAGCUAGGCCUUCCAUGAAGCACAGCCAGCACAUCAUGUUUAUUUUCAGCUGGUUGAUAGGCUCUUGCUUUCCAAUUCAUGAAAAUAUAGUGUGCUAAUCUUACUGAACUAAAAGAAUGAUACAGUGAACAGAAGAGGAAGAAAUCCCUCUCUUUUACUGAUUGAAAUGUAUGAUCUAAUUAUGUAUUAUUUUGGGAUCCAUUUUUUAUUAAAGUUCAAGAAGAAAAUUACUGAUGCUUUCCUAUGUGGUAAGUGGGAAAACUGCAGGAUUUUAUUAGGAUGUUUGACAAUGUGCAUCACAUCAUGGUACAGAUAGAAUUUGAAUGUUUUUGUUUUAUAAUAAAGGGGAGAACUGAAAUUUUAGAAUGUACCACACAAAGCACAAUUUCUUUUAAUUUUGUUGGAACACAAACUUUUUUGAAAAGACCAUAUUCAGCACUGGUUGUAGGCACAGAGUCUGAUAAAGAGUUUGUGAACAAUAGUUUAUUUGCUGACUUAACCCAAAGCACUUGGGUUCUUUGAGCCAUCUAACAUCUCUGUUUGGAGGUGAAGGGGCUGUAUGUGCAAGGUUGACUGCGCUGAUGUUUUCCAAGCCAGAUUAUGUAUUUUUAGAUUGACUGCAUAUUACUUGCAAGCUAUUUUUAAAUUUGUAUGCAAGACGCCACUGGCAACAGGCAGAAAGUCCAGCCUGACCAUUAUCCAUCCAUCCAUUAUUUUUACUCUUUGUGACAGGAGUUUAUGUAACAGACGUUCAGCAAUGCGUUAAGGCAUUUGGACAUUGUCACCUGAAGGUAAACAGAAAAACACAUUCAGAUUUCCCUGUGGAUUUUAUAACUUAAACUGUAUAGUCAAGACCCCUAUGCUUUUUUCCCUCCUACCACAGUGUCAAAACUUAUUUUGUUAUCCAGUCCUUCUGGUUGACAUACAACAUGAUUUUAUGUCGGGGAAGAUGGGGGAGAACCUAGAGAACUUUUUUAUAGAGUUCAUACAUUUAUAUUUAAAAAUGCAUAAUAAGCUACAGUACUAUCGUAUUUCUACUUUAUUGGUCCAUUUUAGGUGGCUUAAGGGUUAUGUUGGUUAAUGUUUGAGAUACAAAUUCUGGUAUUCAAUAAGUAAGAGUUCUUUAAAUUCCUGUGUAUAAAUGCCUGAACCAGAAUCUGAAGUCAGGGUGUUCAAAAUCUAGAUCUGUAUUUUGCACAUUGAUCCUAUUCUAAUACUUUGUCAAGUGCUUUUAAAAGAUUUCUUCAUUUUGCAUAAAGAAUUAGGAUGUCCAAA